AGUGCACAAGUAGAAAUUGUGUCGAUGUUCGAUGUUAUUUUCUUCUAAGUCACUGCAAACAGUACUACCACCCCGAUCUGGUGUAUUGCAUCAAUAUACUUGAACUUUGUAUGUUCACCUUUAAUGUUGUGACUAGACUGCCCGGAUUUAGUUUAAUUGGCAUGCAUUCAAAUUAGUUAAUGUUUACCAACGCGCGAUUUAAAAUACAUCGGCACGGGCAACAAACAGCUGAUCAAAAGGCUUGGAAGAUUCUAUCAGAUUCACAUUGCAUCAGUAUAUUAACAGACUUAGCGAGUGAAACAUGGCUAUCAGAAAGAGGAGUGCACUGAGGAAAGCGCUUAAAAUGAAAGAUUGCAUAAGAUUUAAGAAUAUUCUUCACAAGUAUCCUAUAACUACGACAAACUAUUUCUUUGUUCUGCCAAUCCAUGAUAAGAAUAAGUACUAUAAGCAAUGCAAUAGGCAGCUUAACUGUGAGUGGGGACGCAGAAGAAAAGUCGAGCUUAAACAACUGGAAGCGGUUACAUCAUUACCACCCUACAUAAUCCUGGAAAGUGCUUGUUCAGAUAGAGUUAAAGUGAUUGCGUAUUGUUCAUUGUCCAAGAUUCCGUCAUGUGCCAGAAGAUGUUUGCUAGAAGUAAUAGUAAGAGACGAUCAUUGCUACUAUCUAAACAUUGAGAAUAUCUUUGUCGAAACAAGAGAUUUUCAAGUGAUGGGAUUAAAAUUUCAGUACAGUUUCUAUCAGUCAAAAAUAGAUAUCCGCGAAAAGCAAACUAACAUCAAAGAAUAUGAAUAUUAUUACGAAUAUGAGCAGGAGAAAUCUCCUGAAAUGAUAAAAAAAUUCUUUGUAACCCGAAGUCCCCACGAUUGGAUUACGAAAGAGCAGAGCAAACUAAACGAGGACUUGUACUUUCAACGUCAAAACUACUACUACUAUUACUACUAUAAUGAGGAUGAGGAUGAUGACACUUACUAUCAACAACGGAGUGUACAGCCACGCAAAGCUUAUGAUGGUCCUCCACCAGAUACAUCUAACGAACCAUACGUUGUUGCCCCAAUCCACCAUCAUCCUGAACUGAAGGAACAAUGCGUUCGCUUGAUUAACACCGAAUGGCCGAGAUCACGUAUGGCUCGUUUUAUGAGUUUCGAAACUUCUACGGAUACCCUGCCCAUAACGUUGGUGCUUGCUCAAAUGAUUAAUGGGGAAAAUGUAGUUCUUGGACACGCGAAACUGUCUCCAGUUCUCGGUGAUAUUGAUGCUGCAUAUCUGGAGUCAGUUGUCGUAGACUAUCGCUAUCGUGGCCGCGGUAUUGGAACACAUCUGGUAACAGAAGCAGAACGGUAUUGUAGCAGAAUUCUUAAUAUUAACAACAUUUACUUAUCAACCGACGGUCAGGAAGUAUUUUAUGCUAAGUUAGGUUACAUGUUUUGCAAAGCUAUAAAUCUUUUUGGAACGAACGCCAUAAGGAAAACACCAAGCAAAAAGCAUUGGAUGAAGAAAAUUUUCUCAGAUUGGGAAGUAGAGGAAAUUGAAGAUGGCGGCAACAGUAACGCUUUAGAUAAAAAUGAAUGCUUCUUACAUUCUAAAAAAUGCGACGAUGAAAUGGACAAUUGUAACAAAGUAGUACAUCCGAUGCUGAAUAUCAAUGAGCUGAUUCGUAACAUUAGGCGUGUUGUUUACAAUCAUUCGUUUAAAAGAGAGGAUACGAUUUGUGAUUUAUUGUUGACUAUGCAUUCUAUCUGA